AUGGCAUCCACUAUUCCAUCCUUAAACGCGGAUGUCUGGCUCCAUAUCAUCAAGGAAAUAGGUCACGAAAAAAACAGAGCAAAGAGAAUAUCUACGUUGGUGACAAUCGCUCAGUUGUCCUGGUUUUUUGUAGAUCCAGCAGAGUCACAGAUAUACCGUGAAGUAACAUUGGCCGAAGACGAACGUGACGACGCUUCUCAAGAAGACUGGGAGAAGAAUGUCAAAGACUUCUUUACAAUCGUCACAGCAAGGCCCCGACCGAUUGCUCAAUACGUUGAAUCAUUGGUCAUAUCACUUUCUCCAAGUCACAAUCAACGUCAAGCUGAGAGUGCUCCACAACCCCAUUUCCUUCCCCAAAUUCUCGACCUCCUUCCUAACGUCUCUGAAUUAACCUUGAAGAGAAUCGACGACGGGGACUCAGAAUUGUGGCAAAGGCCCGAUCAUACUUUGUUGGACGCAAUAGGUCGCAUGCUCCCGUCCGUUAUCAACUUGUCUUUGCAAUGGGCUCCGUCGAUAAAACUCGAUAAACUCUAUAUAAAUGUUACCUCUCUUCCAACUGUUUGGAGGCCAGAUGCGGUGAUAAAACCCUCCAACAAAAUAGAACACCAUAAGGUGUUGGCAUAUCCAAUGACCAAACUGGAGAUUAAAGCUUCAGAUAAAGUCAUUGAGUAUCUGGCCCUACUAGAUCUUGACUCGUUUCUUGUUUUAUUUGAAAAUAUUCAAACACUCUGUCUGCAAACAAAUGGAAAAGAAGGGAGCAAAAAAUCGUGGAAAAUCAUACAGCAGCUCCCAAAGCUUGUUAAACUUUGCAUUAAUGGUUUGAAUGGCUCAGGAAACAUCGAUCUGUUAGAUGUCGAUAUUGGUAUCAUCAAGAACCUAGAAGUGCUUGAGAUCAUAUGCAAUACGCAGAUACAUAACAAGCUACAGCCUCUACCACCCAUUCCUGGCCUCGGAGAAUACUUUCAUGAAUCUACCCUCAUGACUCCUACCAACAUUGAAGGCCUGAUCAUACGUCUGGACUGGGACAUUAUUGAAAAUUACGUUUGUUUUGCCACAGGCUUCCCUUCCGGGCUGGCAUGGGUAGAAUUUGACAAACUUAUUGCUUGCAGUGAAAGGUUUCCUUGUCUAAAGACAUUAACAUUCGACUUCACAAUUCGGACACUCUCCGAAGUGACCUUCGAAGACAAAACUCAAGGGCCUGAAAUAUUAUCUUUGGAGAAUCUAACUCAUAAAGAGCUUCCUCAUAUUAUACAGAGAGGCCAGAUCCAAUUAGUUGUAGUAACAGAUAUCAUGGUGUCACUUGGUCGGUCGAUGUUUGAAGAAGCAUGGGACUAG